UUAUAGUCUGCCAUCGUUCGUUCGUUGUUGUUGUCGUUCGCAUCGUUUCAUCGCUGCUGCAUAACAGACAUCCGGAUCCCCGAAAAACACCAUCGGUAACCACGCUACCAUGCAGUGUCUGUUGGUCUUGGGUUUCUUAUUGGGUAGCGCGGUAUCGGCGCCAACCACCGGGAAUACGACACUGCAGGCGGAAAAUGUCGUGGAUAGUCUCCGCUUCUACGAUCCUCGCCAGCGCUUCCUACCGCCCUUCUGGUGGGCGGAGACGCCCGGAACGAACGCGCAUUUCACCGUGGAGAAACGACUGCCGGCGGUCUUGGCCGGCGUUCUAGCGGACUACAAACUUGAUGUGGAAUCCCUCAAAAAUGACUCCAUUCCCGUUGACAUCGCCGGGCAGCUACGCAUCGAAAGGUCACUGGCGGAAUUACAGCAGGAGAUGACGGACAACGCGCCCAUCAGAGAAUUUCCGCUGGGGAAUAAUUCCAGCGUCGGCGACGAUCUGGCGGAAUGGAAUUGGGCCUUGCAGCGCUCUCUAGCCUGGAACCAGCGCAACGAGAGCGAUGUGCCGCGCUGGUACGACUCCCCGACCACCUUCGUGGAAUGCUACUUUUACCGUCGCCUCAGCUACAUCUUCGAACGCGAAUCUUGGACAACCGAUCAUUUUCACCUGAAGAAGAAGGAAUCGCUGGAGCAUAAUAUGCACAAUAUUCAAGCGUUGCUGGAUUAUCUGGAGAACACCCUGGAAGCGGUGGCGGCCAGUCAUAACCGUAGUGAUCCGCUGGUUAAAGAGCAUCUAAUGAAUAUUAUGCGAUUGUCGGUGUGGGGCAACAAAGGUGACCUCUCCCUCACGGCCACUCACAACAAAUCCAGCCACGUCGUGUCCCACGACUUCCACGACGAACAACAGCAGAUCCAAGAGCUCCUCCUCGUCGACCAAUCGGAAGCCAUCUGGUCGUACUUACAACGCCUCAAUCGCUCCGCCCACAUCGCCAUCAUCUGCGACAACUUCGGCUUCGAGCUGACCACCGACCUGAUCCUCGGCGAGUUCCUCAUCGUCUCCGGCCUGGUCGCCACCGUCCACUACCACGUCAAAGCCCUGCCCUGGUUCGUCUCCGACGUCAUCAUCCCCGAUUUCCACCGGACGCUGCGCAUGGUCGACCAGCAGCAUACCGGGCAGUUCGGGACCAAAUGGCAGGGAUAUCUAACGACGGGACAGUUUAAACUUAGCGCGGACCGUUUCUGGACGCUGCCGUACGAUUAUGACGUCAUGGAUGUUAAAGCGCCGGGGUUGUAUGCGCAGCUGCAGAAGGAGGACCUCUUGAUUUUUAAGGGGGAUUUGAAUUAUCGGAAACUAACCGGCGAACUGCGCUGGAGUCCGCAGGAGAAGUUCGGGUAUGUCCUGCGGAAUUUCCGGCCGACGGCGGUAGCGGCGUUGCGCGGGGUGAAGACGACGGUGUUGGUGGGCGUGACGGAUCAGGAGAGACUGCAGCAGCUGAACGCCAACGAGACUGAUUGGAUGCUGACGGGAAAAUACUCGGUUAUACAGUUUGCACCGCCUUUGACGCAGUAAAUUUUGACUUAUUUUGAUUCAACAAUAAAGUGACACUUAUUUUGAUUCAACAAUAAAGUGACCUUUGCAAACGCAUGACAAAAUGCCCAAGUGUGGCUGGUGGUUUGUUUUAUCGCAUACUACUCAGAACGAGCCGUUAGCGAGAGUUUCUCUGUUCGUACCCAGUGGUGGCGUUUUCUUGCGCAUUGGUUGUGUUUCUGUUAUACACUGUUUGCUGAUCUUCUUAUUCAGAACUUUUCCUUUAUUCAGGCAAUAGCCAAUUAAACGUAACAAAAAGC